CGACCAAUGAAAAUUCACAUUCGGAUCCUCACGUGAAUCACAUGAUCAGCAUUGCGAGUCAUGUGAGUAUAAACAUAACUUCAUCUUCAACCAGUUUUUGCAUUGAGAUUAAAGAUGAAGUGGGGACCACUGUUACUCUUUCUUGGCAUAGCUGCUCAUCAAGCUGCAGCUCAGAAACUUUUUUUCAAAUCUUUCCGAGAUCCGAGCCAAUCUUCACAGAAAAAUCAGGAAGCAUUAAAGCAGGAAGGAUUUGGUUUCAAAACACCCCCGCAGUAUUAUAUUCAUCCUAAGGUAACAGUUGGGGAAACAUGUCCGGACAACAGGUCGUCGUGUGCGUUUGGAAGCACCUGCUGUCGGAUAUCGAUAUCCAGCUAUGGAUGCUGCAACCUACCUAUGGCUUCGUGCUGCUCUGACAUGAAACAUUGCUGUCCCAAAGGUCUUAAAUGUGACCCCCUCAGACAAGCGUGUAUUAGCGAGGACACCAUACAGCCAUGGGCAGAUCAGAACCUUGUCAACAAAGGUGUAAAACAAGAGAUUAAAUCAGUCAUGUGCCCAGACGGUGAACAUCAAUGCCAGGACGGCCAGACAUGCUGCAAAUCUGCUGAAGGCUACUCCUGUUGUCCUCUGCCAAAGGCUGUGUGCUGCUCAGAUGAAAUUCACUGUUGUCCUGAGAACACUAAAUGUGACUUACACCAUUCCAAAUGUGUGCACCAAUCAACUGGUGAAACUUUAGACUGGUUUCAAAAAACUAGAGGCCACAAACAGGAUAUGACAUCACCACUACAAGAAGUGACAUCAACACAGGAAGUGAUGUCACUAUCUUCUAUUCAGUGUGAUAACAAGCAUGCAUGUCCAACUGGGAAUACUUGCUGCAAGAUGGAGGAAGGAAAAUGGGGGUGCUGUCCUAAACCAGAUGCUGUAUGUUGUGAUGACAAAAAACACUGUUGUCCACAUGGAACAAAGUGUGAUUCGCAAGGUCAGAAAUGCAUCGAUAAAACAUCAACUUAUGAAUGGCAUAAAAUAACUUCAACAAUUCAAACUCUACAACUCAAUACAAGUGUGAAGUGUGACAUGAAUACGUGUGCUCCUGAACAAACGUGCUGUAGUAAAGAUGGCAUAGUACGAUUGGGCUGCUGUCCAAUACCAAAUGCUGUUUGCUGCAGUGAUCAAGUCCAUUGUUGUCCUUCAGGCACAACUUGUGAUGUGAAAGAGGGAAAAUGUCUACGUGGUAACACCGUCCUUGACUGGUUUGUAAAAACAUCUGCAACAGAGCUGAAAGGUGUGAAGUGUGAUUCCACACAUGAGUGUCAUACUGGCAAUACCUGCUGUAAAACAAGCGAUGGACAAUGGGGCUGCUGUCCAAUACCAAAUGCUGUUUGCUGCAGUGAUCAAGUCCAUUGUUGUCCUUCAGGCACAACUUGUGAUGUGAAAGAGGGAAAAUGUCUACGUGGUAACACCGUCCUUGACUGGUUUGUGAAAACAUCUGCAACAGAGCUGAAAGGUGUAAAGUGUGAUUCCACACAUGAGUGUCCUACUGGCAAUACCUGCUGUAAAACAGGCAGUGGGCAAUGGGGCUGCUGUCCAAUACCAAAUGCUGUUUGCUGCAGUGAUCAAGUCCAUUGUUGUCCUUCAGGCACAACUUGUGAUGUGAAAGAGGGAAAAUGUCUACGGGGUAACACCGUCCUUGACUGGUUUGUGAAAACACCUGCAACAGAGCUGGAAGGCGUGAAGUGUGAUUCCACACAUGAGUGUCCUACUGGCAAUACGUGCUGUAAAACAAGCGAUGGACAAUGGGGCUGCUGUCCAAUACCAAAUGCUGUCUGCUGCAGUGAUGGAGUCCAUUGUUGUCCUUCAGGCACAACUUGUGAUGUGAAAGAGGGAAAAUGUCUACGUGGUAACACUGUCCUUGACUGGUUUGUGAAAACACCUGCAACAGAGCUGGAAGGUGUGAAGUGUGAUUCCACACAUGAGUGUCCUACUGGCAAUACAUGCUGUAAAACAAGCGAUGGACAAUGGGGCUGCUGUCCAAUACCAAAUGCUGUUUGCUGCAGUGAUCAAGUCCAUUGUUGUCCUUCAGGCACAACUUGUGAUGUGAAAGAGGGAAAAUGUCUACGUGGUAACACCGUCCUUGACUGGUUUGUGAAAACACCUGCAACAAAGCUGGAAGGCGUGAAGUGUGAUUCCACACAUGAGUGUCCUACUGGCAAUACGUGCUGUAAAACAAGCGAUGGACAAUGGGGCUGCUGUCCAAUACCAAAUGCUGUUUGCUGCAGUGAUGGAGUCCAUUGUUGUCCUUCAGGCACAACUUGUGAUGUGAAAGAGGGAAAAUGUCUACGUGGUAAUACCGUCGUCCAUGACUGGUUUGUGAAAACACCUGGAACAGAGCUGGAAGGCGUGAAGUGUGAUUCCACACAUGAGUGUCCUACUGGCAAUACCUGCUGUAAAACAGGCAGUGGGCAAUGGGGCUGCUGUCCAAUACCAAAUGCUGUUUGCUGCAGUGAUCAAGUCCAUUGUUGUCCUUCAGGCACAACUUGUGAUGUGAAAGAGGGAAAAUGUCUACGUGGUAACACCGUCCUUGACUGGUUUGUGAAAACAUCUGCAACAGAGCUGGAAGGUGUGAAGUGUGAUUCCACACAUGAGUGUCCUACUGGCAAUACAUGCUGUAAAACAAGCGAUGGACAAUGGGGCUGCUGCCCAAUACCAAAUGCUGUUUGCUGCAGUGAUGGAGUCCAUUGUUGUCCUUCAGGCACAACUUGUGAUGUGAAAGAGGGAAAAUGUCUACGUGGUAAUACCAUCCUUGACUGGUUUGUGAAAACACCUGCAACAGAGCUGGAAGGUGUGAAGUGUGAUUCCACACAUGAGUGUCCUACUGGCAAUACGUGCUGUAAAACAAGCGAUGGACAAUGGGGCUGCUGUCCAAUACCAAAUGCUGUCUGCUGCAGUGAUCAAGUCCAUUGUUGUCCUUCAGGCACAACUUGUGAUGUGAAAGAGGGAAAAUGUCUACGUGGUAACACCGUCCUUGACUGGUUUGUGAAAACACCUGCAACAGCGCUGAAAGGUGUAAAGUGUGAUUCCACACAUGAGUGUCCUACUGGCAAUACGUGCUGUAAAACAAGCGAUGGACAAUGGGGCUGCUGUCCAAAACCAAAUGCUGUUUGCUGCAGUGAUGGAGUCCAUUGUUGUCCUUCAGGCACAACUUGUGAUGUGAAAGAGGGAAAAUGUCUACGUGGUAAUACCGUCGUCCUUGACUGGUUUGUGAAAACACCUGCAACAGAGCUGGAAGGUGUGAAGUGUGAUUCCACACAUGAGUGUCCUACUGGCAAUACGUGCUGUAAAACAAGCGAUGGACAAUGGGGCUGCUGUCCAAUACCAAAUGCUGUUUGCUGCAGUGAUGGAGUCCAUUGUUGUCCUUCAGGCACAACUUGUGAUGUGAAAGAGGGAAAAUGUCUACGUGGUAACACCGUCCUUGACUUGAUUGUGAAAACACCUGCAACAGAGCUGAAAGGUGUGAAGUGUGAUUCCACACAUGAGUGUCCUACUGGCAAUACGUGCUGUAAAACAAGCGGUGGACAAUGGGGCUGCUGUCCAAUACCAAAUGCUGUCUGCUGCAGUGAUCAAGUCCAUUGUUGUCCUUCAGGCACAACUUGUGAUGUGAAAGAGGGAAAAUGUCUACGUGGUAACACCGUCCUUGACUGGUUUGUGAAAACAUCUGCAACAGAGCUGAAAGGUGUGAAGUGUGACUCCACACAUGAGUGUCCUACUGGCAAUACAUGCUGUAAACUAAGCAGUGGACAGUAUGGCUGCUGCCCAAUACCAAAUGCUGUUUGCUGCAGUGAUCAAGUCCAUUGUUGUCCUUCAGGCACAACUUGUGAUGUAAAAGAGGGAAAAUGUCUACGUGGUAACACUGUCCUUGACUGGUUUGUGAAAACACCUGCAACAGAGCUGGAAGGUGUGAAGUGUGAUUCCACACAUGAGUGUCCUACUGGCAAUACGUGCUGUAAAACAAGUGAUGGACAAUGGGGCUGCUGCCCAAUACCAAAUGCUGUCUGCUGCAGUGAUGGAGUCCAUUGUUGUCCUUCAGGCACAACUUGUGAUGUGAAAGAGGGAAAAUGUCUACGUGGUAAUACCAUCCUUGACUGGUUUGUGAAAACACCUGCAACAGAGCUGGAAGGUGUGAAGUGUGACUCCACACAUGAGUGUCCUACUGGCAAUACCUGCUGUAAAACAAGCAAUGGGCAAUGGGGCUGCUGUCCAAUACCAAAUGCUGUUUGCUGCAGUGAUCAAGUGCAUUGUUGUCCUUCAGGCACAACUUGUGAUGUAAAAGAGGGAAAAUGUCUACGUGGUAACACCGUCCUUGACUGGUUUGUGAAAUUACCUGCAACAGAGCUGGAAGGUGUGAAGUGUGAUUCCACACAUGAGUGUCCUACUGGCAAUACGUGCUGUAAAACAAGCGGUGGACAAUGGGGCUGCUGUCCAAUACCAAAUGCUGUCUGCUGCAGUGAUCAAGUCCAUUGUUGUCCUUCAGGCACAACUUGUGAUGUGAAAGAGGGAAAAUGUCUACGUGGUAACACCGUCCUUGACUGGUUUGUGAAAACACCUGCAACAGAGCUGGAAGGCGUGAAGUGUGAUUCCACACAUGAGUGUCCUACUGGCAAUACGUGCUGUAAAACAAGCGAUGGACAAUGGGGCUGCUGUCCAAUACCAAAUGCUGUUUGCUGCAGUGAUGGAGUCCAUUGUUGUCCUUCAGGCACAACUUGUGAUGUGAAAGAGGGAAAAUGUCUACGUGGUAACACCGUCCUUGACUGGAUUGUGAAAACACCUGCAACAGAGCUGAAAGGUGUGAAGUGUGAUUCCACACAUGAGUGUCCUACUGGCAAUACGUGCUGUAAAACAAGCGGUGGACAAUGGGGCUGCUGUCCAAUACCAAAUGCUGUCUGCUGCAGUGAUCAAGUCCAUUGUUGUCCUUCAGGCACAACUUGUGAUGUGAAAGAGGGAAAAUGUCUACGUGGUAACACCGUCCUUGACUGGUUUGUGAAAACAUCUGCAACAGAGCUGAAAGGUGUGAAGUGUGACUCCACACAUGAGUGUCCUACUGGCAAUACCUGCUGUAAACUAAGCAGUGGACAGUAUGGCUGCUGCCCAAUACCAAAUGCUGUUUGCUGCAGUGAUCAAGUCCAUUGUUGUCCUUCAGGCACAACUUGUGAUGUAAAAGAGGGAAAAUGUCUACGUGGUAACACUGUCCUUGACUGGUUUGUGAAAACACCUGCAACAGAGCUGGAAGGUGUGAAGUGUGAUUCCACACAUGAGUGUCCUACUGGCAAUACAUGCUGUAAAACAAGCGAUGGACAAUGGGGCUGCUGCCCAAUACCAAAUGCUGUUUGCUGCAGUGAUGGAGUCCAUUGUUGUCCUUCAGGCACAACUUGUGAUGUGAAAGAGGGAAAAUGUCUACGUGGUAAUACCAUCCUUGACUGGUUUGUGAAAACACCUGCAACAGAGCUGGAAGGUGUGAAGUGUGAUUCCACACAUGAGUGUCCUACUGGCAAUACGUGCUGUAAAACAAGCGAUGGACAAUGGGGCUGCUGUCCAAUACCAAAUGCUGUCUGCUGCAGUGAUCAAGUCCAUUGUUGUCCUUCAGGCACAACUUGUGAUGUGAAAGAGGGAAAAUGUCUACGUGGUAACACCGUCCUUGACUGGUUUGUGAAAACACCUGCAACAGAGCUGGAAGGCGUGAAGUGUGAUUCCACACAUGAGUGUCCUACUGGCAAUACGUGCUGUAAAACAAGCGAUGGACAAUGGGGCUGCUGUCCAAUACCAAAUGCUGUUUGCUGCAGUGAUGGAGUCCAUUGUUGUCCUUCAGGCACAACUUGUGAUGUGAAAGAGGGAAAAUGUCUACGUGGUAACACCGUCCUUGGCUGGAUUGUGAAAACACCUGCAACAGAGCUGAAAGGUGUGAAGUGUGAUUCCACACAUGAGUGUCCUACUGGCAAUACGUGCUGUAAAACAAGCGGUGGACAAUGGGGCUGCUGUCCAAUACCAAAUGCUGUCUGCUGCAGUGAUCAAGUCCAUUGUUGUCCUUCAGGCACAACUUGUGAUGUGAAAGAGGGAAAAUGUCUACGUGGUAACACCGUCCUUGACUGGUUUGUGAAAACAUCUGCAACAGAGCUGAAAGGUGUGAAGUGUGACUCCACACAUGAGUGUCCUACUGGCAAUACCUGCUGUAAACUAAGCAGUGGACAGUAUGGCUGCUGCCCAAUACCAAAUGCUGUUUGCUGCAGUGAUCAAGUCCAUUGUUGUCCUUCAGGCACAACUUGUGAUGUAAAAGAGGGAAAAUGUCUACGUGGUAACACUGUCCUUGACUGGUUUGUGAAAACACCUGCAACAGAGCUGGAAGGCGUGAAGUGUGAUUCCACACAUGAGUGUCCUACUGGCAAUACGUGCUGUAAAACAAGCGAUGGACAAUGGGGCUGCUGCCCAAUACCAAAUGCUGAUUGCUGCAGUGAUGGAGUCCAUUGUUGUCCUUCAGGCACAACUUGUGAUGUGAAAGAGGGAAAAUGUCUACGUGGUAAUACCAUCCUUGACUGGUUUGUGAAAACACCUGCAACAGAGCUGGAAGGUGUGAAGUGUGAUUCCACACAUGAGUGUCCUACUGGCAAUACAUGCUGUAAAACAAGCGAUGGACAAUGGGGCUGCUGUCCAAUACCAAAUGCUGUCUGCUGCAGUGAUCAAGUCCAUUGUUGUCCUUCAGGCACAACUUGUGAUGUAAAAGAGGGAAAAUGUCUACGUGGUAACACCGUCCUUGACUGGUUUGUGAAAUUACCUGCAACAGAGCUGGAAGGUGUGAAGUGUGAUUCCACACAUGAGUGUCCUACUGGCAAUACGUGCUGUAAAACAAGCGGUGGACAAUGGGGCUGCUGUCCAAUACCAAAUGCUGUCUGCUGCAGUGAUCAAGUCCAUUGUUGUCCUUCAGGCACAACUUGUGAUGUAAAAGAGGGAAAAUGUCUACGUGGUAACACUGUCCAUGACUGGUUUGUGAAAACACCUGCAACAGAGCUGGAAGGUGUGAAGUGUGAUUCCACACAUGAGUGUCCUACUGGCAAUACAUGCUGUAAAACAAGCGAUGGACAAUGGGGCUGCUGUCCAAUACCAAAUGCUGUUUGUUGCAGUGAUCAAGUCCAUUGUUGUCCUUCAGGCACAACUUGUGAUGUAAAAGAGGGAAAAUGUCUACGUGGUAAUACCAUCUUUGACUGGUUUGUGAAAACACCUGCAACAGAGCUGGAAGGUGUGAAGUGUGAUUCCACACAUGAGUGUCCUACUGGCAAUACAUGCUGUAAAACAAGCGAUGGACAAUGGGGCUGCUGUCCAAUACCAAAUGCUGUUUGCUGCAGUGAUCAAGUCCAUUGUUGUCCUUCAGGCACAACUUGUGAUGUAAAAGAGGGAAAAUGUCUACGUGGUAAUACCGUCCUUGACUGGUUUGUGAAAACACCUGCAACAGAGCUGGAAGGCGUGAGGUGUGAUUCCACACAUGAGUGUCCUACUGGCAAUACGUGCUGUAAAACAAGCGAUGGACAAUGGGGCUGCUGUCCAAUACCAAAUGCUGUCUGCUGCAGUGAUCAAGUCCAUUGUUGUCCUUCAGGCACAACUUGUGAUGUAAAAGAGGGAAAAUGUCUACGUGGUAAUACCAUCCUUGACUGGUUUGAAAAAUCUCCUGCAAAACAGUAUGUGAAGGAUGUUAUUUGCCCAGACGGUUCCGAGUGCCAGGAUGGACAGACAUGCUGUGAAAUGUCUAAUUCUGACUCUUAUGGAUGCUGCCCGCUUCCAGAUGCUGUUUGCUGUUCUGAUGGUCAACAUUGCUGUCCCAUUGGGUACAAGUGUGACCUAUCAGCUCAAAGGUGUACUCGAGGAAUCUUUCAAUUCCCUUGGCUCAGGACAAGAAAACUAAAGAGCAAGGAGAAGGCUGGAGAGGAAAAAAAGAAUAGUUUAUUACAUCACAACAAUGUUCAAUCUGCAAUUGACAAUGAGUUGAUUGACACUAAAGCUAUGGAUGUGAAAUGUGGGGAUGGAUCAACUUGCCCAGACCAGUACACAUGCUGCAGCAAUGGAAAGGGUGGAUUUAACUGCUGCCCAAUGCCUGAAGGUGUGUGUUGUGCUGACAAUGUUCACUGUUGUCCCCAUGGCUAUGUGUGUGCAGAGCAACCGGGCACCUGCCGUGUUCCAGGCUCAACAAAGGGGGUGUCUGGGUUCCUGGGAAGAUUGGGCUCAUUGAAGGGGAUACCUCAUAGUUAACAGGCGAUUAAAGCCAUAUUUCCGCCUCCAGACAGAUUGCUGAUUGGCUGAUCAAGGCCAAUAAUGGAGUGACACUCAAGCUCUGUUGUAUGACUUUUACCAAAAAUGACAUUUCGACAUUAUUUGUACUAUCUGUGAUUAACCACUGUUUGUGCUAUUAACUCAAAUAUUGAAGGUGUAUGAAAACAUUAAAAUAUUAUAAGCCUUUAGACUCAUGCCUCUACCAAUGAGAUCGCCCGACAGAUUCACGUUUGAUUAUAUAGAAGAGCUCUAACAAUCAAAAGUCCAUUAAGCAGAAAACAAAACUGCCAUUUAGUAGCGAAAACAUUAGCCAAAUUUCCAUUUAGUCAGUAAUUUUAUUAAGUCAUUUAUUUAGAGGCUUUCGGAUGCACACUGGGUAAUACAAAUGCGUUAGGGCGGCAUUUCACACUGAACACUAAAAAAGUUAUCUUUCAAAUUUAGUCUUCUAAACGAUUAGUCAGGGCUGUGUCUGGCCUUCCAACUUGAUCGUUUAGAAGAUAAGAAAUUAACACUAGAUAUUACAUAGUGAGAAAAUUGUGUUUCCUGUGUGUACAUUUAUAAUAAAAAAUAUAAUUUCAUGGAUAUUUUGAAGGUAAUGUUCAUUUAAAUAGAAAAUAUAAGAUUAUUACAUGAAAAGCAAAAAGUGAAUAUGUCAAAUUCACUAUCAGAUCUAGAUUCCAUUGGUGUGACUAAAUUUGAGGAUAUCAUCUGAAUACAAUUAUAAUUCUGUAAAAUCGGUAGAUAAACUGUCUAAUAUGAUUAGACUGACAUUAUAUAUUGUCAAAGUUGAUGUACAGCUAUAUUAUGCCAUAAAGAAUUAUAAAUAUAUCACAAACUUUUUUUUAUUAAAUUGUUUUGAAUGCAACAUUUGAAACUGUUUUUCAUAAUUUUUUAAUCCUGUUAUUACAGUGGCAAUAGUUCAUUCAACUUUUUACUGCUGACAUAUCAUUUUUGAAAUAUGUGAAUUAUAUAUUUAAAACCUCAUAAAAACGAUUUCGCAUUGCAGGUUUUGGACGUUAUUUUAAUUAUUUUUUUGUAAUCAAACAUUCUCUCAGUAAAUAUCACAUCAUUUUCAGGUUCAAAUGUUUAUUGUAAUGAAAGGCAUUAUUAACUUACUUUUAUCAUGUUUAUUGUUUAACAAGCCAAUCGUAAGCAAUAAAAAUGCUACAUGUUUGUACUCCUGUAUUAUACAUUGUGUAUGUGACAGAUUCUUGAUGAUAUGAUAAUCAUGGUGCCAUUAUACAGACAUUGCUCAUAGUUUAGUAGAUCCACUGUUGUUGUAGAUGCCAAUUAUAGUUAAAGAUACUGUUAAAUAGCAGUACUUUUGUUUUGAAACUGUUAAAUAGCAGAACUUUUGUUUUGAAACUGUUAAAAAGCAGAACUUUUGUUUUGAAACUGUUAAAAAGCAGAAUUUUUGUUUUGAAACUGUUAAAUAGCAGAAUUUUUGUUUUGAAACUGUUAAAAAGCAGAACUUUUGUUUUGAAACUGUUAAAUAGCAGAACUUUUGUUUUGAAACUGUUAAAUAGCAGAAUUUUUGUUUUGAAACUGUUAAAUAGCAGCAUUUUUGUUUUGAAACUGUUAAAUAGCGGAAUUUUUGUUUUGAAACUGUUAAAUAGUAGAACUUUUGUUUUGAAACUGUUAAAUAGCAGAAUUUUUGUUUUGAAACUGUUAAAUAGCAGAACUUUUGUUCUUAAACUAUUAAAUAGCAGAAUUUCUGUUUUGAAACUGUUAAAUAGCAGAAUUUUUGUUCUGAAACUGUCGAAUAGCAGAAUUUUUGUUCUGAACUGAACAGCAUUUUUCUGGAGCACCUAAUCAUGGAUGAUAUAUUAUCCUAUAGUUGUAAGAGUGUAUGAACAGUUUUGAAAAAAAUUGUUAAGUAAUAUGUAUCAAACAUACUAGAUAAUUGUUAUUACUACAUCGCUCCACCUUGUAACUAGUCAGAGGUUGCUUGUCAGAGGUUGUAAUAUUUAUCCAUUGGUUUAUACAACUAUUUAGUACUACUUGUUGACAAAAUAUAAUUCCAUUAUUCCUAUAAUUAAAUGGUUGUCAUUAAAUAUAUACAUUUAUGUCUAAUUCCUUAUAUAUUUGUAGCUAAAAUAUGACCACUCCAAGGCCAUCCUUAAAACUUCUUUUUUUUCAGUGCCUUGACCCUGCCAGACUUGACUAUGGGUCGGUAUUAUCGGAAACUAUUUUUUUGAGAUACAGUCAUUAUUUGAUAUUAAACAAGAGAAAGCAUCAUACAACAAAGUCUUGUUUUUGUAAUAUAAACUAAAGUAGAAGCAUUUACAGAAAGUUAAAUUUUUAAGGAUGGCCCAAUACAAGAUUUCGUCCAUUAAAUUAACAUGCUUACUGGAAAUAAGUAUGUUAUCAGAGUUACUGUAGAGAUUUAUUUUUGUUGACUUUUUCUUAUCUUAAUUGUGCACCUUUACCAUAGCAUUAUGUUUAAAUAUCGUCUAAUUUAUUGAUAUGCAUUUGUUUCAUUCCAAGAAUUGUGCCGGAAUACUAAAACAAGGUUGUAUAAGUGGGUUUAUUUGGUUCUAAAUGAUUACCCUUGGUGUGUGAGCGUUUUAGUUUUCAUAUCGUUUUGUAUUCACCUUUUGUUUGUAUAUAAUAACUUCUUAGAUAAUGUUUGUAGUUUGUGUUUUGACAAGCUUACUUUAUGAAAGAACAGAAAUUUGAUUGAUUUGGAAAUGGCUGUGUUGUGAUGUAUACUUUUUAACUUAUAAAUGUUAAAAAGCUUCGUAAUAUUACCAAUUCUACUUAGCACAGCAUAAAUAAAUAUGACUCCAUCAUAACAUUCUUUGUUAAAUGUUGUUGUGACAUGCUUGUAAAUUCACAUUAAAUUAAACAUUACAGUGAUUAUAACAUGGGUAAAUUCAUUCCAAUUAAAUGUUUACCCAUC